GGUAGGAACCUUUCUCUUGGUUCCGGCAGCCAUGGCAGCGGAGGCAGACGUGGAUCUUGAUCUAGAAGCGGAGGAAAACUGUACCGGGAAGCCUGCGGAGAAACCCCGCAAACAUGACAGCGGGGCCGCGGACCUGGAGAGAGUCACUGACUAUGCGGAGGAGAAAGAGAUCUCCAGCUCCGACCUGCAAACGGCGAUGUCAGUGAUUGGAGACAGAAGGUCCCGGGAGCAGAAAGCCAAGCAAGAGAGGGAGAAGGAGCUGGCCAAAGUCACCAUCAAAAAGGAAGACGUGGAACUGAUCAUGUCAGAGAUGGAAAUUUCGAGGGCGGUGGCAGAACGCAGCCUGAGGGAACAUCUGGGGAACGUGGGGAAGGCCCUGGUGGCACUGACAGACUGAUAACCCCCCCCAUCACCUGGUUAAAUAAAGUUUUCAUCUCUGCUUGUUUAUAAAA